AUGGUCCUUAUCGAGCGCAUUGAACUCGACAGACGAGUCACACAAGCACAUCGAGAUGCCAGAUACCAACGCUUGCAACGCGCACGCAGGGGCGCUGGCAGAGUGAACGUCCUCCUUGAUGAGGCCACCAGAGAACGCGAGAAGCAGGCCAAUCUGACUAUCGACAAGAAAGACAGGUUCAGAAGACUCCCGCUCGUUGGUGAGAUCAUCGGCUGCACCAAUGAGAAUGCGCCGCACCUCCCUGGCGACAUCGUCUAUUUGCUCUGCGACAACAACGAGAAUUACACCUACCGCGACCGCAGAUCUGUCAUUAUAUCUGAUGUCGCAAUCAGCUUCAAAGAGUCAUUCUACUUCGCCCAAGAAAGAGAGAAAGUCCACCGAAAGCGUGAGCAGUCCAAUGCACUCUCUUACCUUGAACAGCGCGAGAUCAUCUCGACUGCCGAGGCCGUCAUAGUAGCUCGCCAUAAAGGAGCUUGGAGGGUCGCUCUGCCAAACGAGUUCCGCCCAGCCGCUGCUGUCAAUAUCUUGGACAACUUCAAUGCAACAUACGAGAUCGACAUCUCGCAUGAAGUGGUGGGCCAUGCCUGCGCCUCCUACGGCGCAUACAACAACCGUUUCCCUCCUGAGUUCAGGGCUGCCAACCUCCUAGAUUUCUUCAUCUGCGAUACCACAUUCAACGUUUUGGCAGGCGCAUUAGCUGACGAUGCAGACAAUGUCGCCAGGUUCGACCAGCACAUCAUUCAGUUCGCCGACCUCGCUCUUCUCCAGCAACUGAGCCCCAUCGCGGCAAAGGAUACUCUACCAGAUCACCAGAGAAGAGUCGAGCAGGAUGAUAUCGUCAGGGUACUUGAUCGCCUUGGCUACAAUGUCCGAGAAGAAUUAAACCUGGGUUUCGCCACUCAGCCCAACAAUCCGCUGCCUUCGGACUUCAAUCACAUGGACGAAUAG